AUGGAUGCGAGGGCAAUUUCGUGGCGUUGUGUGAUAGGGUCGAUGCAAACGAAUGUCUGUUUUGGCCCUUGGCAGGGUAGGGAACGUCUCCUUGCGCCGAAGAAAGAAGACGGACGAAGAAAACGGCGCACACGUGCUGAUCAAACGUCGCUCGCGUACGGUCACACAACGUGCCGUGACAUCGGAGUGCGCGCGCUUCCGUCAGCAGGCUGCGAGAUCACGCCCAAUGCAGUAAUGCGAGCCCCCGAGAGCGCGAGAAAUGAAAGUUUCGGCUACUCAGACGGCGAAGAGUCACCACGUCUUCGCUCGCCAGAAUCAGUGGCGGCCCGAACUCUACCCCAGUCAGGCGUAAUCCGGAUCCGGCACCUCGAUCAUAUCUCCCGGAAAUCGCCGAAGCCUCUCCGUUUUUUUCCAGUCAUGGCCUCCGCACCGUUCAUUGUCUUCGGGUAUGGAUCGCUCAUAUUCAAGCCUCCGCCGCAUGCCGUAAGCAGAGAGCCGGGAUUCCUCAAAGGAUACGUGCGCCGGUUUGCACAGGAGUCGCACGACCAUCGGGGCACUCCCGAAAACCCUGGGCGGGUCGUGACACUGGUCCACAAGGAGGACUGGGAUCUGUUCUCUCAAGCCGAUCCGUUCCCUGACGAGGACAUCGUAUGGGGCGUUGCGUACACGAUUGAUCCAGAACACGUAGAUGAAGUUCGCGCAUAUCUCGAUUACCGUGAGAAGGUUCGCGCUCUUCUCGAGUCGAUUGGAGGACCAGCGCCGACCCAGCCUAUGUACGUUCCCUGCCGCGCCCAAUUUGUGAUUAUGGAAACUCAUGUUGAGCUGACAGCGGACGCAGUCGGAUCUGCUGAGCCUCUUUCGGCACUCGCGGAGCGAAUCCACGUCUCUGCUGGACCCUCUGGCCCAAACAAGGUGAUGGGUCCCGAAUAUCUCUUCAACUUGGCCACAGCUGUCCGGGAGCUGGCCCCGGAGUCGAGAGACAGUCACCUGUUCGCCCUGGAGGUCAGCGCGCCGUUUCCCAUGCAUUCCACCCUGCAACCUGAAUCCGGACAUAGGCUCUGGUCAAAGACUUGGAAGCUCGAGCUGUGCCAUAGCGUUAUCCUCCUGUCUGAAAGGCGAUCAAAUACUGAUGAUCAAAUCAUUCCGCCCGUCAGGCCUUUGUUCUUGAUUGCCGUGGCGGUGGGUACAAAAGGACAGAACUGUUUUAAAGAAGGCUAUUACCACUACCACUACGGCUCCCACUCCCACUCUCUGAUGGCUCCCACCCGCCACGCACGACCGACACGCUCGCCGACGAUGACCGACUGCUUCAGCCCUCCCUCGCCACACGCUCCUUCCACGAAGUCUAAGAAUCACGGUCCUUGGCAGACCCCGCUGACGCGGCUGGGCUUGGGGAAGGGCGCGAAGCAGCCGAUGACGAUGACACGCACGAACUUCAUGAACGAUGAGAACAAGACGACGGAGCAGCUCGGGGAUGUGGCGGAGUAUAUCAUGCGCAGACCUUCUGCCGGUGAUACGACCGUGCUCCGUGCCACGAAGAAGAGGACGACGACAAAACCGCCAACGGAGGAGCGGGAGGAUGAGGAUGGGGCAUGUGUGGUGAGGCAGCGGACUGACUCGGAUGCGACAUUGCGUGGUGUGAAAAUUACGAGGCAGUCUUCAAAGAAGGAGUGUAAGGAUGAAAGAUCUACAACGGAUUGUGUUUCCUUCCCCAAAAGUCCAGAAGUGCCCCCUCAAUUUUCGAGCCACCGCAUCCGAGGUAACGUCUCCGGUGCGCGGCUGCUGCCGAACGGGUGCUACGAGCUCGACCCGGAAGAGUACACUCUGUCCAUCCAGUACCACUCUGGACCGCACUUCGAGUUUUGGGACAAUUCAGACAACUACCUCAUGGUCACCGGGCUCGCUCUGUGUAUCCGACUGCGCGACCCGGACAAAUGGGAUCACAUUCCCCUCGCUAGGCCGACGCUCAACGUGGGCGCAAUCCUGUGCACCAGCGCGCCCAUCGUCUGUGCCCCAGCGCACUACCGAAGCUCACCUGCGUCCAAAUUCGCCGUGAGCUACCACGGGACGACGUUGAACCGCGCUCCACCGUCUGAGGAUCCGGCGACCUGGGGAAUCGUCGCUGACUCGGUGUGGAAUAGAGAGCCAGGAUGUACCUCUGGACCGCGCGUCGCGCGGCUUUUAGCGUUCAUGGUCCCGAUGCCAACCACGCUAUUCGACAAGUGCGAGACCAGGGUAUUCGAUGUGAGCGCCUGCGUCAGCUUGAAUGAGAAAUCGAGGCAUAUCGUGUCCUCGAUGGAGCGGAUUACGGUGUCGCAUUUGCAGCGGGAACGAGACAUGUCCUGCAAGUGUACUACCACUAGUACUACAUACACCGAUAGGGGCUGAUGGUUUGAUUCGAAUCGCCUUGUACGAUUUUGGCCUCUUCCGCUCAUCACUUUCACGUAAAUCCGCGCCGCAAGUCUGUUUGCCACGCGCGCCAGAGAGAGAGCAACUCAGGAGCGAUUUCAGGGUCGACCUAAGCUGAAUAUUGAGUGGCAGCGCGGUGUGAACAUGCAUGCUUGACUUACGUCCAGCCAGGACACGACAGCGCGCACUUCGGACAGGACCCGAGAAUAGGCGAAUCGCGCGUCGCCCAGCGCGCCUAACAACUCUGCCGUGGGGACCGAAUUGGAUAGAUGCUCGGUCCAUCGGCGUCGGAUGUACUGAUACGUCGUG